UGUAUUACGUACGGCUUUGACUAAUGACGUUGUCAAAGUGAUCUCUGAGCUCAUGAGCUGUGAUAAUUAUUGAUAAUUUUUAGGAACAUUUUUUUACCGGUGUCUAUUUGUAAUAGGUUGAUAAAUUGUCUUACUAUUUAUUACUUGGUUCAUAAAAGAACACUUCAUUAAGCCAUACAAUUAUUUUUAACACGAUAAAUUUGUUCUAUUCUUUACCGAUAAUUAUUACAUGUAUUUUAUUGCAAUUAUAAAAAGAACAUUUCCUAAAAAUUUUAAAGGUUUGUUCUUAAGACACAUGUCGAAAUCAAAUGAUAUUGCCUGUACUAUCAAUGUGGACAAACAAAGUGAGGAUUAUGCGGGUGACAAAUUAAUAAGUCCUUCAGCUUCCAGAAAUCAAGAACCCAUUUUACAGGUUUUGAAAAGAUUUCUAAUAUGUGAUAUCGACCAAGUUGAAGAUGAAAGCCCUUUAUUCUUAGAAAUUUCUUCAGGUACAGGUCAACACCUAGCAUAUUUUGCACCUCAUUUUCCUGGAGUAAAAUUCCAACCAUCGGAAUGUGAUGUUAAGGUAAUGAAAAGCAUAUCAUAUUAUGCGAAUGACUGUCCAACAAAGAAUAUUUUUCAACCUUUGCUGAUUGACAUACAAAACAAGUUAAGUAAUUAUGGAUUUGAGGAGGAUUCAAUUGACUAUAUGUUCAAUGCCAAUAUGAUUCACAUAAGUCCUUUUGAAUGCACUAUUGGCUUAUUUGAAAAUGCAGGAACUUACUUGAAACCAGAAGCUUUAAUGAUAACUUAUGGACCGUACAGUAAGGAUGGUGUUUUAUCACCAGAGAGCAAUGUAGCAUUCAAUGCGUCUCUGAAAGCUAGAAAUCCAUUGUGGGGUAUUAGAGAUAUUAAUGAUUUAAUUAAAUUAGGAAAUGAAAACAAUUUAUCUCUUAUUGACACUGUUGAAAUGCCAGCAAACAAUAUGACUCUGAUAUGGAAAAAAGAUUAGGAUAUUACAUUUGUAAUCAAGUAGCUUAAGAUAGACAGAAUAUUGAAGGCCAUUAUGACCUGAAAAUAGAUUUCUGCUUCUGCAUUUCCCAGUACUUGUACUUCUGAAUUGAUUGAAUGUGUAAGCUAUAAAAGUUUCUAUUGUUUCAAUGUUUUUUAUGUUCCAUUAAUAAUAAUUAUUGCCUUUAGAUUAUAUUUUGACAAAUCACAAUAAAAUAACCAAAUAAAAAAAUAAUAAUUACAUGUAAUGAAAAUAAGUAAACAAUAAUGUAUUAACCUAUUUUUGGUCAACUGUUCAAUAUUUUAAAAUAAAAGCACAACACAAUAUGUAAGCACAAUAUCAAGUUCAUGUGAUUUUUAUUAAAUUGUUUCAAUAUUUGAGUGAAUGUAAAGGUUAUUUUUUGUGUAUCUGUUAAAAAGAAUGUUUUUGAAUUUUUACAGAAAUAAUAAUGUUAUCCAUAACAUACCAAUAAUUGAGACCAUAUACAAAUUUUCCUUUUUUAUUAUGAGCUUUUGUCAGAUGUAUUCAUUUACUAGAAAAUAAAAUUGUCAGUAAUAUAAAAUUGUUUUUAAUGAAGAAUAUUUAACUAAUCCAAAAUAUUAUUUUUCUGCAUUAUUGAAUAUAGAUUUUUAUGCACACAA